AUGUACCGUGAAUCUCUGCUGGGGGUGGCCUUAUCCGCCACACUGGAGGAGAUCUCCGAGAAGCAUCCCCUCACGCGGGAUCAAAUGGAUCACCUUUGGCGCAUCUUUGACGAGACGAUGGACAGCUGCCUGUCGGAGGUCCCGUUGAUGUCUCGGAUUAAUGUCAAAGUUCCCGCCCUGAUGGGGCCGACGGGAGGGAAGGCCUCGUCAGGCCUUCCUGCGGCCCUCGUUUCGGCGGAACCGGGCCCUGAGGAGACCCCCUCCCCUUCCCCACUCGCGGACCGCGAAUCCGCCUGGCAAAUAGAGGAAGACGACGCGACCGUCUUUCCGGUUUACCGAAUGGUCGAUGGGUUGUGGACAAUUUUGCUCAAGGACCCAAUCGUUCAGGUGCGAGAUGAAUUUGGCACCGAGGCGGAGGUCAGGCUUGAUUAUCUAAAGGUGUAUUUAAAGGACCCUAGUCAGAGAAAACUGCGACGGAGGCGCGUGUAA